AUGCAUUAUGUUGUCUUGGUUGUUGUACCUGAAUGUUCUCACGAGCUGAAGCCUGUGGUUGGUCGGAAAUUCCAAUCCUUGGAAUUCGCAUUCGCUUUUUACGAAAUAUAUGCCCGCGCAGUUGGCUUUGAUACGCGCAAACAAGCGAUGAGGAAGGUUGAUGAUGUCACGACUUGGUAUCAAGUUAUAUGCAAUAGGGAAGGAAGGAAGAAGGGUGACGAAGAUGACCAGUUGAAUGCCCGGUCUGGUUUCACUAUCAAGCGUAUGAAACUAUCUAAGCGGUGUGGUUGUACGGCUAGUAUAUCCUUCAGGUUUUUCUCGGAAGAUUGCUUGUCAGGUUAUGUAAUUCAGGAGUUCAACGAGAUUCAUAACCAUCACAUGGUUGAGACGGAAUAUCAGCAAUUCAUGUCAAGUAAUCGCAAGUUGGAUGAUGUACAUCAUAAAUUCAUCCUCGGCUGUACCAAGGCUAAUUUAAGACCCACGCUUACAUUUAAGGUAUUGAAGGAAAUUCUUGGCGGGUUUGACCUAGUUGGCUGCACUGUUGGGGAUAUCAGGAAUGCCUCACGGGACAUCAAAGCAUAUGCACACGGAUUUGAUGUACAAAUGGUGUUGGAUGAUAUGGCUAAGAAGAAGGAGAUGUCCGAGGCGUUUACCUAUCACUACGAAGUUAACGAAUCCGAACAGUUGGUUGCUCUCUUUUGGUGCAACGGUUUGAUGAAGAGGAAUUACCACAUGUUUGGUGAUACAGUGUCCUUCGACUCCACGUACAACAGAAACAGGUACUGUAUGAUCUUCACUCCUUUCACUGGAAAGGAUAAUCAUGGUUGUCCUGUGACAUUUGCGGCCGGGUUGGUGUGCAGUGAGAAAACAGGAUCAUUUGCUUGGUUGUUCAGACAUUUCGUAGAUUGUAUGGGUGUAGCACCCCGGAUGAUUGUUACCGAUCAAGAUUUAGGUAUGCGAUCAGCGAUUGAAGAGGUCCUAGUCGGCACACGUCAUCGUUGGUGUAUGUGGCAUAUAAUGCAUAAGUUGGCUGUCAAGGUACCAAACAGAUUGUUGCGGGAUGACGAUUUCAAAAAGGAAUUCAACGCUUGUGUGUGGUCGGACCUUGUAGAGCCAGGCGAAUUCGAAGAGGAGUGGAAUAGAUUGGUCGAACAUCAUCAUCUAGAGGACAUCGACUGGUUUACCACAUUGUAUGCGUAUAGGAAAUAUUGGAUACCGACGUACUUCAGGGAUUUUCCUAUGGGAUCGAUGAUUAGGACAACGUCCAUAUCGGAAUCAGAGAACAGUUUCUACAAAAAUUUCCUGAAGCCCCGAGCUAACAUAGCUGAAUUCUACUUGAAUUUCAACCACGUCAUAGAAUUCCAGCGGAACAGUAGAACAGCGUUGGACUACCACGAUGCCACUGCCAUACCCAUAAUAGCAACUACUCUGCCGUUCGAGAAACAUGCUUCCACGUUGUAUACCGACAGUAUGUUCAAGAAAAUACAAGAAGAAAUUGUAGAGGGUAAUGACAGAUGUCGUGUGCUGGGUUUUAUAUCCGGAGAAACGGUUGACACAUACAAGCUUGGGGAUAGCAAGCGCAAUGCAUAUGUUGUCCGUCAUGACAAGACUGAUGAUACUUACUCCUGCGAAUGCAAACUAUUUGGUCGGCAUGGUUAUUUGUGCAGUCAUAUAUUUUUCUUGUUUCGGAACAAUGAGGUGAAAAAAAUCCCGGAUAAAUACUGUGAAAGCCGAUGGAUGAAGACUCCCUUAGCCAAGCCUGUACAUGGGGAGUUGCAGGAUCCUCUGCCUACCCAUUCAUCCGUUGACGAUAGGCAAACUGUGUCUAACCAGGCGAGUUCGAUGUUUUAUGGGUUUCUUAGACGGUUUGAGACCGACAUCGAUGUGUUACGUGCAUUCGUAGGCGGCGUCGAAGAACUUGGCAACUCUCUUCAAGCUGGUACCCCAUCAACCUCAGCCGCUGAGAAGAGGCGUAUGGUUGAAGAGUUUUAUUGA